GAAGUUGACAAAAUGGCCGUCUUCCGGUCGGAUCCUUGUGGAAUUUUGUGUAUGAUUAUAACGUAUUUGUGUGUCUGUUACGCCGACUAUGUUGUUGUCAAACAUUUAGUAAUUGCUUCUAUGUCUGAUUCGUUAUGGGGAGCUUUAAACGCCUUUGUAUUUAACAUAAUUAUUUUUCUACUGGUCGUAUCUCACUUAAGGGCAGUGUUUAGCGAUCCUGGUCUGGUACCAUUGCCUAGGAACCGAUUAGAUUUCUCAGAUAUGCAAGAAGAAAGAGGUUCUAAAGAGGAGGACGGAUGGACUGUGUGUAUGAAAUGCGAAACAUACAGGCCUCCUAGAGCACAUCAUUGCAGAGUGUGUAGACGCUGUGUGAAAAAAAUGGAUCACCACUGUCCUUGGAUUAACAAUUGUGUGGGAGAAUAUAAUCAAAAGUUUUUUAUUCAAUUUCUCUUUUACGUUGGUUUGUCUUCUCUCUACGCAAUAGCAUUAGUUAUAGCAUCCUUUGUUAUUGAUUCAAAUAGCUCUUCUAAGAACGAUGAAUCCGCUCGUACUAAACUUGUGCAUUCCAUUGUUCUGAUUAUUGAAUGUGUCCUUUUCGGCUUAUUUGUUAUAGCUAUUGGAUGCGAUCAGUUCCAAGCAAUUCUUAGUGAUGAAACAGCAGUGGAACAUGUGAAAGGACAAGGUCGAUAUCGACCGAAGAGACCGAAAAUAUCUCUGCUAGCGGAAGUCUUUGGUCGAGGGUCAAAAUGGCUAUGGCUGUGCCCCUUCUCUUUCCGUCCUAUUACAGUAGAAGUCGCAAACUAUGCAGUAUGA